UUGACAAUCAUACCCCGCAAGUUAUGAUCGUAUGAGUUCCUCUUUGCGAUGAGGGAUUGUUAUUUAGGUCGGACGUGGGUCCCGCGAUGAUUGGGUUCCAGUCUCUGGACGACUCGACUGCAAACGGACCGCGCAGCUUGACAAACAACAACUCUGCUGCCUAUCCCUCUACGCACUUUCACAAAAUAACCGUAUCUCCCGCGUAUGCCCCUCUGUCAUUAGCAAAUUGAACGCCUUUUUGCCCCGAUACUGGUUUACGAAAGUCUCCCGAAAGACCCAGAGUGUCGCGCCAUGGGGGGUUCUGUUCCAGAAAUACCUGGGAUCAAGGCAGAUCACCAUCUUGCGCAACAAUUCCGUGCAGAAGUCGCCGACCUGCUCGGCCGUCAAGCACUGUCGUUUCCAGGCGCGCAACCAGUUAGUUUCAGCGCGCAUCAUAUCCUGGAAUUACAAAAGCAAGAUUACUACGUGUGCGAGAAAUCCGACGGCAUCCGAUGCCUGAUGUAUUUCGCCGAAGGCGACGAAGGCAGCGAGAUACACUACCUGAUUGACCGCAAAAACGAUUACUAUUUUGUCCCGGGCUUGCAUUUCCCCGUGCCCAACGAUGCGUCGUUUCAAAACUUCCACAUCAAAACACUCGUCGACGGCGAACUGGUCAUGGACACGAUGCCCAAUGGGUCUCAACAGUUGAAAUACCUCGUGUUCGACUGCCUGAUGAUAGACGGGAAUAGCUUAAUGCACCGGACACUGGACAAACGGCUGGCGUAUUUCCGCGACAAGGUCUACAAUCCGUACCGGGAGCUGUACAAGAAAUACCCGGAAGAGAUCCAAUACCUCCCGUUCAUAGUCGAGUUCAAAAAGAUGGAAUUUAGCUACGGCAUCGAGAUGAUGUUUCGGGAUAUCUUACCGCAUCUGCCCCACGGCAAUGACGGGCUGAUCUUCACCUGCCGCAACACACCAUACAAAUUCGGCACCGACGAGCAUAUUCUCAAGUGGAAGCCAGCCAGUGAAAACUCGGUCGAUUUCCGCCUCAACCUUGAGUUUCCCCUGCGCGAACCAGACUCGGAAGACGAGGAAGAAGGCCCCGCGAGCCCGUACCCAGACUACGAUGCCAUGCCUACUUUCCGCCUCUCCGCCAACUACGGUUCUGGGGACAAUCGGCCUUAUGCAACAAUGUACAUGGAAGCGCCGGAAUGGGAGUCGAUGAAGAACAUGGGCGUGCCGCUCGAUGAUCGCAUCGUCGAGUGCUACCAAGAUGCCGCGUAUCGUUGGCGCUUUCUCCGUUUCCGCGAGGACAAAAAGGACGCCAAUCACAUUUCGACCGUGCGCAGCGUCAUCCAGAGUAUAGAGGAUAAAGUCUCCGAGGGAGACCUCAUCCGCGCAGCAAAGGCUAUUCGCGAUCAGUGGAAGAAACGAAUCGCCGCGGAAGAAGCAAAGGCCAGGCACGAGGCCGAAGAGAAGAAACGUCGUACGGCCGCAGCGAAUGCUCGGGGCCCCAAUAAUGAAAACAACGUCCAUGUCCCGGCAAAGCGGAAACUGGAAGAAGAUGAGGAUGAUGAAGAAUGAUAAGAACGAUAAUAUACUAUACCCACCUCUUUUUCUCUUUUUCCUCUCCACUUUUCUUCCUUU